AUGAACCAAGAAUCUUUAGAAACUAUCAUUGAGAGAUUGUAAUUUCUUAAUUAGAUUACUUAAUAGACAGAGAGAUAGAUAGGCAAUCACGGAUAAAAUGAAUUAAAGAAAUUAAUUAUUUGAAAAAGCUAAUCAAAAUUAUUAAUCUAACAAUCAAAGAGAAUUAGAAACUAUUAAAAUAGCAAAGUAACAUUUAUUUAAUAUAUUCCUAAGUAAAUAAGCUUAAUCAAGAGAUUUAGAAUUUAGAUAAUAUAUUAUUUAAUUGUUUAAGACUUAUGAUGAAGGAAAUAAAUAAAUGAAAUUAGUAAUACAAUAAACUAUUAAUCAAAAAAUUAACUAUAAUGAAUUUUUAAUUAAGAACUUCCCUCAAGAAAAUUCAAAAGAAAAAAAAGAAUUAUAAGAAGAAAAUUUAAAAUUAAGAUAAGAAAUGGAAGUUUAUAUUUUAUUAUUUAAUUUAAGUUAUAUCUCUCUAAAGUAAAUAUUCUAGCUCAAGAAGCAAUUCCUCAAAUUGAAAUUAAGGAUUAAGAAUUCUAAGAAACUCAGUAAAUAGAAUAAUACUUAGGAGGUCAUAUAGAAACUAAUAUUCAAAAUUAAUAAUAAAUUCAAAUUCCUAAUAAUUCAACUAAUUAAUCAUUAUAAAAUACAAAAUAAAAAUUUGGACCUGAAAAUUAAAAUAAUUAGGAGUUGAAAUUAAAUAAAACUUAAAAAAAAUAAGAAAUAGAUCUUCUUUAAUCAUUUUUAAUGCCAUAAAAAGGAAGAAUUUGA